GUGUCUCAGUGCAGUGAGCUGGCCAUGCCCAGAAUUCCAGAGGUCUUCCUGGAAGCGGCCUCGGCUCUGGAGGAGGCUGCCAGGCACCAGGAAGCCAUCAUGGUGUGCGAAGAGGUGGUCUCCCGCGUAAGCAGGCUCAUCCCGGCCAGGCUGCGCAUUGUGCUGGACCUGAGUUCUGAAGAGAAGGCCAUAGGGGCGGAGAGGUCCCCCUUGGCCAAAUCUCCUGCUGCUGUCCUGGAAGGGCAGAGAGAGAGCCUGCGCUGUGUCCUUUGGCAAGCAGCUGCCCACUUGAUCCAGGGCUGGGCAAGGGCCCAGCGGAGAGAAACCAAGGAAGCCAUAAACAGCUUUAGCAGGUGUCUUAAUGAUCUCCUGAGAGUCCAUUUGGUCAGCACAGGUAUGGACAGAGUGGAAGAAUUGGCCUUGUUUUGGUGGAUCAUAAUUGGGGGGUGUUCAUGGGCAAGGAUUGUUGGCAUUUUUUCUCUGCCAGGCAGCUGCAGAACUGAACCAGAAAGGGAGAAGACGGCCAUACCAGAGGCAGAGCAGCUCCCCCAAAUCAGACUCCUGGCCUUGAUGGGAAGAGGGAUCCAAUUUCUGGAGCUGGGGAAGUUUAAAGAAGCCUUGAUGGAUUUCCAGUACAGCCUGCAGGUCUCUCCAGACAACCACACGUCUACCUUGUACUUAUUACACACCCUCUGGAAACUUGACCGGAAGCAGGAGGUGGUUGCACACUGGCCUAAGCUCCCAUCAGAAUCUGGCCCGAUGGAGGAAAACACAGGAAGAUCUUUCCCACUGUACCUGGGAUCCUGCAUGAAACAGAUGGAGUUUCCUCACAAGGAAUCCUUUGCCAAGGACAUAAAAUGCUACCUUGGGGGAAAUGGCCAAGCGCUUUAGUUUUGCGGUGGCUUCUCUGCCCUUGCCAGCCUUCGUCUCAGCUGCUUCUCUCCCUUUCGAAAGAGCUUCUCCGGAGUUUGUGGGAAGAAGACCGACACUUUUUUGUUUUGAGUUCUCAGGGGCAGGGGAGUGGGAGGGGGGUGACCUUUCUUAAUGGCUCCCACAUAAAUAUCUGCCAAGGAGCUCUGGCUCAUGGAGCUGGGCUGGUAUGACUCAGGAGGGCUUCACGCUCAAUGGGAAGUGGAGAAGAGACCCAGGCACGGAGAACGCUUCAAAAUGGAGGAGAAUGGGUGACCCUCAAUGGGCAGCAGUUCAGAGGAACAGUCUCGGUUUCCAGAGCUUCUGCAUCCGUUUCCAGAGUCUGGAUCAAGACCAGGAAGAACUUCAAAUAGGCGUCCUGCUGGGGUGAGACCCAUUGAAAUGUAGAC